UCCAAGGAAGGAGCGUGAAUUAAAGCUCCUUGGAACAAUGCCUGGGAUUAGUAUUGCUUAAAUCAUCACUGACUGAAAAUUCUGUUGUGCUCCUUUUUUAUCUAUAUCGUCUGUACAAGAACAGGAUUUACAUUUUAUGAUCGCAAACAAAGAACAUUUAUUUCAGAAUACAUGGAGUUACACUUCGGGCCUGAAAAUGAAGACCCAGCUACAGUUCAUGAUGUUGCCAACAAUUUCUUCAGAUCAACCACCAUUCACGGUUACGGAAGGAUUUAUAGGCAGCGGAGUUGGCACCGCCGACUCCUUUGGUCAUGUUUGUGCAUCGGGCUAACUAUUUGGGCACUGUACCACAUCUUGGUUAUCAUAGCCGAUUAUUAUCAUUAUCCCACGAAAAUUAAUCGAGAGGAAAAAGAGAAGAAAGUAGAGGAGUUCCCUGCUAUAACGGUGUGCAAUUUAAAUCCUUUGGGAAGUCCUUCAAGCCUAGUGAAUCAUCCUAUAUGGGGAUCCUUCAAGGAUAUGGAUGACAGGGCUUCAGUGCCAGUCUGCGAUGAAUUCAAAGAGACCAAACCAAGCUCCCAAGCCGGAACAGCAGCCAUGUUAUCCAUGAAGCCAAGAGACUCGAAAAAGUCUCAUGCCCUCGAGAUGAGGAAAAACUGGCUAGCUUCUUUAGACGAGAACAAAGACACCGCCAUGGAGAAGGGAUCCAGACACUUGAUACCGACGCUGUUCUUGACUGGCAACCUUCCAGUAAGAAGCCAGUAUGAGAUCAAUGGAUCCACAUCAAGGAGGAAGCGAAACAAUGGCACAGAGCCUACUGAUCCCGGAACAAAGGCAAAGAUGGUCGAAAAUCCUUCCUGCUUUGACAUAGUGACCGGCACUUGGACGUGUUUUAAAUGCAAGGACGGAACAAAUAUCUCUAUAGAGCUGAGAUGUGAUGGCCGCGAGCAUUGCCCUUCAGGGGAAGAUGAGAGAAACUGCACCAAAUGCGCAGAGUGGGCCUUCCUCUGCGAUUCUGGGGAAUGUAUCCAUAGCGAUAAUGAAUGUGACUCCAACGCUGAUUGUCCAGGAGCCGAAGAUGAAACUACAUGCUUUGUAUGCAACGACGGUUCUCUGAUUCGUCCUUACUGGACGUGCAAUGGAGUGGCUGACUGCCCGGAUGGAGAAGAUGAAAUCAUUUGCUCUGAGGAAAGUGAAGACUGCCCGUUCGGCUACUACCGUUGUAGUGAUGACUCUUGUAUUAAAGAACAGCUCCUCUGUGACGGGGAAUACGACUGUCCAAGGCACCUAGACGAAUUCAACUGUGAUACCUGUCAAGAGGGCGCUUUCCGUUGCAGCAGUGGCGAAUGCAUUGCUAAACACUUCGUCUGUGAUGGACAGACUCACUGCUACGGAGGAGACGACGAGGCAAAUUGCACUGUAAUUGAGAAGAAAUGUCCAGAAGAGUACUUCCGGUGUGACAGUGGCUGUUUCAACCCUCGAUUUCGGUGUGACCACAUCAACCAUUGUUUGCACGGAGAAGAUGAAAAGGACUGUGACGGUCUCGUGACCAGCGGAGCCCUCCACGAGCUAAGGAUGGAAAGAAGCCUCUACUACAAGAAUCUUGUCAGUCUUGUUGCCAACACAACUGAACGAGCUAUUUCCCACGAAUAUUCUGCAGUCAGUAAUGCUACUUAUGAGGAGACAGCUUCCUACAGUCCUUUGUGUCACACGGGAGUCUUCUGUGACCACUACGGCUGUUAUGAUUCGCAACUCAAAAAUUCAAAUCUUCCAUUUUCUCAGGAUACAUCGAAUAUCUCCCCACCUCGACUUCUGUGCUCAAUGUGUGGAGGGUCGAAACCUGUAUGCUGGGCCAGACACUGGCUAAAUGAAUACCGCGCCGGAAGUCUCUCUGGGACCACCCUGAAGAUGAUGAUGUUGAAACAGAAACCGAAUUUUCUGGACCUGGAACAACUUUACGAACCUUCUCACCCGGACAGAGAACAUUACUCUCUGAGUCCCGAGGAUUUCGUCUUCUCUUGCACCUUCGAUAAGAAUUAUUGCGACCACACGUCGUUCUAUUCUUGGGCCAGUGACCAUUACGGUCGGUGUUAUACUUUCAAUUCUCCAAGCGUAGAGAACGCCACCACUGUCAACCCAUGGCCCAGGAUGAUCACACAAGCUGGACCCAAGAAUAGUCUUCGUCUCACCCUGAACAUCGAAUCGGGUAUAUCUCUCUUAAGUCCCGAAGUUGGUGUACGAGUGAUUAUUCACAGCCCGCAUCUCCUACCAGUACCCGAAGAAGAAGGUUUUAAUCUGGGCCCUGGAAGUUCUUCCAUCAGUGUCAGUAGGACAAUGUUCGAGAGAUUAGGUCUACCUCACGGUACCUGCAAUGAUGAUUACACGUUCGGAAGCAAAAUGCCUUUUAAAUACUCUCGCAAGCUCUGCAACGAGCUUUGUUUUGAACGCGAGAUCAGGAAGCGGUGUGAGUGUCGCAGUGGCGUCAGCCCGGCCUUCAACGCCCUGGAUGAUGGACCCACUUACUACUGCAAUCGUAAACAGCCCGGUGACAAGAUCUGCAUGGAUAUGGUCUCCCGCGAUUAUCUUGGUGGAUAUCUCGACUGCGGAUGCCGUGAGGCCUGCAGAGAAAUGAGAUACCACACGCAAGUGACCUCUAGCAAGAUAAACCCACAGUAUUACACAAAUCUACACCGAGACAGGAAAGCUGUUAAGGCUCUGUGUUCAAACGACAUGGAAAUGGUGAAUCUGGAAAUAUAUCUGGAAUCAAUGUCUUACGAAGUGAUUAGCGAGAGUCCCACAUACACGUGGGAUUUACUGCUCAGUAACGUUGGUGGUUUUAUGGGCCUCUUCAUUGGAAUGUCUUUCGUGACAAUCCUGGAAUUGCUGGAAUUAGUCGUGGAUCUGCUGAUUGUGGUAUUCAAGCGGCGGUCACUGCUUGAAAACAACGAUGAGGAGAAUCAGAAAAAGAAACCUGUACUUAAUAAUACCUUGAGACCUGGCAUCAGUACAUCCUGGGCGAAGGAAAGCGACGACGAAAGGAGGAACGGGGAGCUGAACAACGACAGCUCUGUCGUGUUGAAGAAGACGCUGGAGGUGCUCCUGAUGGAGCAACACGACAUAAACAAGGAGCUGAAUGCUCUGAAGUUGGAGCAGGAGGCCAUGAAGCAGCAGUUGGGAACUGUCUAUCCAGAAGAGAAGACCAGAUGCUAGAUGUUAAAAUGGUUCAUGAAUGGUUCAUGAACAGGAGUAAAAAAAAAAAAAGUGACACAUCUUCGGUGCUCAAGGAGCUUUUGUAAGCUUCAAUGACAGAGGCUGACGGUAAUUUCAAAAUAAAAGUGGAUCUUCCCUAA